AUGCUGAGCCUCUCCGUUACUUCACCAUCUUUUUCAACACUUUCCUUUCUUCCCAAACCAUUACAAUUCAAAACCUCCUUCAAUGGCUUUCGACUACGUCAACCCAGCACUUGCACAGUUCCAGCGACGAAACGCACCGCUUUGGUCCCAGUGAUGAUGGCAAAGAGAGAAGAGCAGUUGAAGGAAAUUAGAAAUUUAACCAAUGAACAAAUCAACCAAGAGGUUGUUAACCUAAAAGGCGACUUAGUCCUGCUUAGAGUUGAGAAAUCUAAUAGCAACGAUGGCUUCAAUUACAGCAAAUUUCGGAAAUUGCGCAAGCAGAUUGCUCGCUUGCUUACUGUAAAGCGGGAAAGAGAGAUUGAGGAGGGUAUUAGUAAGAGGUUGUCCAGAAAGCUAGAUAAAAAGUGGAAGAGAAGCAUUGCUGUAAAACCAACUCCAACUUUAUUGAAGCCUGUAGAAGCUGAGGCUGCAUGA